ACCAUUUACACCCCUUCUCCUUCCUUUUUAGCCUUUCUCCUUCUCCUCUCUCCUCUUUCAAACCUCACUCCUCACCUUCAAAAACUCAACCCCCUUCUCUCUCUCUCUCUCUGAACAGGGUUUUAGUUCAGUAGCACUAGCUAGAUAACACCAAAGCCUCAAAAUUUCCCAGAGACUUCAUUUGUCUCUUUUAGGCGGGAGAGUCUUGGUUCAUCCACUGGUUCAUUUCCCAAAGGACAAAAUGAUCACACCCAACUUCGUCGACGAGAUUGACUGCGGAAGCUUCUUCGAUAACAUCGACGACCUCAUGGAGGACGUCGACUCCGUCCUCGGCCCCGCCCCCGACUGCAACUCCGCCUUCCCUUCCUCCCUCUCCCUCUGGGACGGCCACUCCUCCGCCGCCCCGCCUCUCCCGCCUCCCGACGCCGCCGUAUUCUCCGGCAACGGCGACUCCGACUUCUCCUCCGAGCUCCCCGUUCCGUAUGAAGAGAUGGUUCAUUUGGAAUGGCUGUCCAACUUUGUUGAGAAUUCCGAGUACUCUGGCGGAAACCUCACCAUCAACAAGCAACAGGAGUCUUCCCUGGUCAACAAGGAGUCUUCCCACCAACAGUUCCAGACCUCCAGCCCCAUUUCUGUGCUUGACAGCAGCAGCUCCUGCUCGGGCGAGAAGAAUGUGCUUGAAGGAUCGAUUGCUCCUGGCAGGCGGGGACGUGCUAGAAGCAAGCGUCCACGCCCUGCCACCUUCAAUCCUCGCUCGGCAAUUCAACUGAUUUCCCCUGCUUCCUCUGUUUCGGAGAUUGACAACCCUCUGCAGCAGCAUUCGUUGUUUGCCCCUAAGGUGUUUUCGGACUCUGAGAACUUUGCAGAGUCUCGUCCUGUGGUGAAGAUGCCCAAACAAGCUUCCGGGGAGCAGAAGAAGAAGAAGAGAAUCAAGUUGCCCCCUCCCCCUAAGGUUCCAGGGGAGCUGAAUGAGGAUACCCCAGUGCAGGGAUCGGUCAGGAAGUGCUUGCAUUGUGAGAUUACCAAGACACCCCAGUGGAGGGCAGGCCCAAUGGGGCCGAAAACCCUUUGCAAUGCCUGUGGAGUGCGCUACAAGUCAGGCAGGCUCUUCCCUGAGUACCGUCCUGCAGCUAGUCCGACUUUUGUUCCGGCCUUGCACUCCAAUUCCCACAAGAAGGUUAUCGAGAUGAGAACCAAGGGUGGCGAGAUGGCUGCUGUUCCCGAUAACAGCAUCCCAGAACUCAUUCCGAAUAACAACAGCAGCAUUUCGCUGGAUUACAUGUGAGGGGAGGAAAGGCAAGACUUAGAGGAUAAUGUUGCUUAGUUUGGAGACUUCUCUCUCGUCCUCAGUUAUGUUAUUUGUCUUUCGUUGUCAUUUCAUUUCUUUGUUCAUUGGUUUUUGUACAGGGAUGGGAAUGGGGGGAGAAUAGGAGCCAUAGAUGACCAUAUAUUUAGCUAGUAGAGGAGAGAGAGACCUGAAAACAAAAAAGGGGUAGAGAAAGUGAUGCAAGCUUAAUGGUAGAAGAGAAAAAGAGCCUUUAGGUUUAGUGACGAUGAUGGCGUAGUAGGUUCUUAAGGUUAUAUUAGGUGUUGUUGAGAGUCUAGUCUGUCUUGUCUCCUUUUGAAUUCUUUUUCCUUUUUCUUCCUUUGCAAGGGAAUUCUUUUUGCAGUUCAUUUGUAGUUGGAACAAUUCUGAAAUGAGUACCUGGAAUUUGAGA